CCAAAAAGCAGUUGUGAUCGAUGUUAUGGGACUUACGACUUGGGCAAUAUGGACUAACCUAAGACGCCUUACAGUAUACAAAGAUAAAUUCUGCCUUGCGAGAAAUACCUUAAAUUCUAGUGUCUUACAAAAUUUGGAAUAUUUUAGGACGUUACACUUUAGUGCAAGGCAGCUUGAGAGUGGCUCAGUGAAAACUUCAGUCACCCCGUACGAUGUGACCAGAGGAUCUUCUCAAGAAAGUUCCGUCGACACGAAGACUUCUCAAGAGAUUUCGCAUAGGAUGACCUUGUUACAGCGUGUUAAUAUUCCCAUGUCUCAUCGAAAGAUGAAUAUUGUCGCAAGAAUACUGAAAGAUAUGCCAUUGUCACAGGCAGAAGCCCAAGUUGCAGUGCUGAAUAAGAAAGCUGCAAGGUACUUGUCACCUCUUUUGUUAAGAGCCAAAGAAAAAGCAGUUUUGGAAGAUAAAAUGGAUAUCAAUCGGCUGAAAGUCGGAAGUGUCGUUGUCAAUCAAGGUCCAGCACCUAAAAGAAUAGUUCCUUGGCACGGAAAGGGAAGAUUUGGCGUUCGAAAGACUUAUAGUUGCCACGUAACAGUUGGUUUAUGUGAAAUGACGGAUGCUGAAAUUCCAAAGAAAAAGACUUGGAUACCAAACCACCGUUGCCUGAGUUACCGAAACCUUGGUUAUUGACAAGUUAUAUGGAUCUCGGCUCAGGAAU